AAAAUCUGACCAUGUAUAGCCGUCAUAUUCCUAUCUACCAUGAUGACUGGAGUCAUAGAUGGUCAUCCUUCAAUCAAGGUCCAUUUUAUUCCAGUCGACUCUCACGAUUCCCAGAGAUACCUCCAGCUCCAAUAACCACGAGGUAUGACCCAGACCCUUUUUUUGAACGGGCACCUAUGCCUUUUCCAGACUAUGAGAGGAGAGAGCUUGUGCCUCGUAGUGAGCCAGCAUGGACUUACUCUGCCCCACCACAGUCUGCUCCCUCCUUAAUGGAGAAUGAGAUGCGCAAGAUGACCCAAGAAAUGAACAACAUGACCAGGAAUUUUCAGAGGAUGGGACCAGCAAGUGGACUUAAGUCAGUCGAAGACAUGAGACUGACAGAGGAUUUCAAUGUUAACAAUCCAGUUCAGCAAGAUAUUUAUGGAAACAGAAGAUUCCAACUGGAAUUUGAUUUGCGCCAGUUUAGACCAGAGGAAAUUCACAUCAAAACCACUGGAAAUCAGCUUUCUGUACACUGUAAGCAUGAGGAAAAGGAAAAUGGGAAAUCAUCAUUUAAAGAAUACAACCGACAAUUCGUCCUACCAAAAGAGGUCAACCCUGAGCAUUUAACUUCAAAGCUGUCAGCUGAUGGCACCCUCCAUAUUACUGCACCAUUGCCAGCACUGCCUAGUUCCAGAGAUAGGCUGAUACCCAUUGAUAAGAAGUAAUGAUUAAAAAAUAUAUAUAUAUACAUGCUAGAUUCUCUGGAGAAUAUAAUUGUGCUUAUGCAUGAUGAUGGAAUUUUGACUCUUAAUUUACUGUUAUAUUUUUAGAAAUUGUUUGAAUUUGUAUAAUAAUGUGUUCUGCAUCAAAUUAAAGCAGGCAAGACCAUG